UUCCAAAUUACUCAUCUUGAGAGUGCAAAUGAAAUAAGUCCCUUUUCACACCAGGCUCCGUCGCUGAUACUGAGCUCGUUGUCAUCUCGAAAUUGCAAAUCCCCCCGUAAAGUGCGAUAUAUCACUAGCAGAGGUCGAAUACAGAUGCUCAAUCACGGCAAUAUGCCGCCAACUCUGCCAGCAAAAGAUAUUGCCCUGGAUCUCGGCACUGCAGGCCCACACAAAACUCUUGCCACCUCCCGGAAGAUCUCGACCCUCUUCGAUGGCCAAUAUCUCGUAUCGAGCGUAGAGGCUCUCUAUGUCUGGGAACAUCCCUUCUAUCCACAGUUUUACAUACACAGCAGGGACCUCCCGACCGAUCGCGAGCACAUCAAAUUCAUCAAAAACCAAGAAUUCAACCACCCUGAAACUGGCUUCGUCCUAGGAACCUCAUAUAACGUGACAACCGGCGACCGGAUUGCUCCCGAGAGCAUCCUCAUCUUCGCCGACAACCUCUCCGGCCCAGCCGCAUCACUCUCGGGACUUGUCCGAAUCCAAUUCGACGCCAUGGAUCAAUGGUUCGAAGAGGAUACGCCGAUCUUCAUACAUCCCAAAGACCCCUUCAAGCGCAUCGACGUGCUGAGCUCCUCGCGUCCAAUCCGCAUCAUCAUCGAUGGGCAGAUCGUUGCCGAAGCGGCACAUUCGAUGCAUUUGUACGAGACGGGUUUGCCGUGUCGGUACUACCUACCGCGAAGAGCGAUUCGACAGGAUGUGCUGCGGCCGAGUUCGACGGUGACGCAUUGUCCGUAUAAAGGCUCCGCUGAAUACUUCUCGGUCGAGGUGGAUGGGAAGCUCCAUGAGGACAUCGUGUGGUUUUAUGAUCAGCCGCUGAUUGAAUGUGCGAAGAUUGAAGGCUUGUGCUGCUUUUACAACGAGAAGGUCGAUAUCGAGAUUGACGGUGUCGUGGUGGAGCGGCCACCGCCCCGUGGCCCACCUUCAGGCAAUGCUGCAAAGUGAGAACAAGAGAGGACUUAACCUGCG